AUGGAGAACCGUGCGUCGUCUACGUGCUCAAGUUUCCUAUCGAACGACGGCAGUGAUGACCUGGUUGUACGAUUUCAAUGGGGAGGUGAAGCUAUUGGGCUUGAACUUAUGCGAGAACCUAAUCCUACAACCGUACACACGGUUCAUUGGGGCUCUCAACCGCUUGGAUUGACUUUAGGCGUCGAAGAGACAUCUCGAUUGGUUAUUGUAACGCGUUCUUCGCGACCUGAUGUGAACGUGGGUGACGUUCUUUUAAAAGCGCGUGGAGAGCCUAUUACUGAAGCGAAUCUUGCGUCUCGUAUGGCGAUGCUCAAGCAAGAACGGGAGCUUUGUCCAGGAAUUCCAUUUGUCUUUGCACCGCCUCCGUCACCUGUGCAUGUGAAAAAGUGUGAAGGUGCAUUAAAGGAAGCUGGUGUCGAUUCAAGUUUUGAACUACGGUAUGUGGACGGAAGAGUCGUGCGAUAUCUUGAAAUGAGAGAGCUUCAUAUAUUGAUCAGUAACUCGCAUAAGCCAUGUACCAUGGCAUUUGUGCAGAGUAAAGAGAAACAAUUUUAUGGUUUGCUCCAGAAACAAGAACAGCAACGACGUAAGCAUCAACAGGUGGGCCAAGCAGCAGCAACAGGUGCCGGUCUUGCAUUGGCGGCAGCUAUCAAGAUGGAAGUGUUUCAGCGAAAGGUGCUACUUAUCAAUGAAGGGGUGAAGCUUGCAUAUUUUGAAAAACAGUAG